AUGUCUCUUUCGAGCAGACAACCGCCAAAACAAGCAGCUCAGCCACCUCCAGGGACAUACACGGUUGCUGAGGGAUUUAGUCUAGCUCAAAAAGCGGCGACUGAAACUACAGUGGCUCACUUAUGCUCGGCUGCUGACUUUUUGGCACGUGUUUUCGAAGUAAAUAACGUCCCAUUUGCUUUUAUGGGUGGCUAUUCCUUGUGGCUUCGUGGAAGCAAUCGUCAUACAAAUGAUAUCGACCUGACAGUUGGUUGCGAUAUGAACCACCUUAUCAACAUCAUCAAAUCUCAACAACGGAUCCUACGCCCCCAGGGUCCGGUUUCGGGUACAAUAAGACUAUUUGUUAGAACCGGCGGGGUGAUCGAAAACCAGGGCCUUCCGGACCUGUUUACAGAGGCAGACGUUAUGCUAAGUGGCACCCUUGGCGCUCCUGAUGAUCCUCAAACAGCAUUUGAGAUUGUAACAAGGGAAGCGCCUAUAGGAGAAAGAUCCUGGCCAGUAUUGAAUAUCUCGACUCUGAUGAGCAGUAAACUCGGUGCUUUCUUUGGACGAGGACAGGGCUCGCCCCAUAGUAAAGACUAUAUCGACAUUAUGUUCCUGGCUAAUAAGUAUCGCGAGGCUGUCUACGCCAUUCGAACACAAUUAAAUGCUACCCAUAAACAGCAUGUCGUCAACACGUACAUCCAAGCUAGCAAAGGUACGGGCAAUGAAAAGAAAGUCAAGGCCAUUAAAUAUAUCUUUGGAUGUGUUUAA